AUUCCUUAACAUUACUCAACCAGUGUUUACAUUUGGCCGUCCUCAGUGUAAUGGCGGGGGCAGAGUUAGAUGGUAUGGAGAGCUUUGAAGAGAUGUUGCUCCAGGCUGCCGAGGAAGGCAUGCGAGAGGUCAACAGCCAAGCGUCGGAGAGCUGCGGGGUGGAAGGCGACCCUGAAACUACCUCGUUAGCCCUACAGGAACACAAUAACGCGCUUCACAUCUACGCUAUAGACAUGGACAUAAGCGAGACGAUGGGCACGCUGAAAUCCCGAGCGGCCGAAGCCUUACAUCUGGAUCCUCUUAGUUUCGGUGUGUCGGUCCUGUCAGAGAGAGAGCUGAAUGAUGAUGAGACACUACAGGAACAGUGUGGAACGAGCACAGGUCUUGUUCAGAUACACUUUGUCGUAAAGACCGAUGAUUCAGGCGGCUGUAUUGACAUCCUCGACGUCCUGAAGCCCAAUGAAGCAGAAUCAUCUGAAAUAAAAACAACCGACACCCUACCCCAAGCACCCAAAAUUGUCAACACAGAAGCGAAGAGUACCACCAAAAUGCCCAAAACGACGAGGUGGAUUGUCUGCCCCACGUUUAAGGAACACCAGAGGGUUUUAAAGAUUCCUCAGAAUCCGCUGGAAUGGACCGGCAACCACAUCAGACAGUGGCUCUCUUGGGCGGUGUAUCAGUUCGGCCUUCAGAACGUCGAUGUAAACAAUGCCAAUUGGGGUCUGACGGGACAAGAGUUGUUCGGGCUGAGUCAAACAGAGUUCCGUAAACUAGUUCCCGAUGACCCUGGGGAUGUUUUCUAUAUGCACUUUGAGCUGUUGAGGCGAACUAAUGUGGUCGCUGUUGUGUGCGAUCCUAACUCCCUCGUGCCAAAACCCGCGCCGCCAAAAAUAAUCACCGCUACACCGACGACGAAGACACACUCCAUUCAGAUUAGCACCGUGAAGAGCUCAGGGGACGGCAGCAGUAGAAGCGUGUCUAGCGGAGGAGGAAGCAGCGGUGUGAGCGGAAACUCGACGGGGGCGACAGGAAGUGGUGGCCCGGGUAAUCAACAGAUUCAGCUUUGGCAGUUCUUAUUAGAGCUAUUAACUGAACCAAAUUUAUACCCCAUAAUCUCCUGGUACGGCUGCGAUGGGGAGUUCCGCCUCCACCAACCAGAAGUCGUCGCCAGUUUGUGGGGUCAACGCAAGAGUAAACCAAACAUGAACUAUGAAAAGCUGUCUAGGGCCCUAAGGUAUUACUACGACGGUGACAUGAUCGCCAAAGUUUCCGGAAAGCGGUUCGUUUACAGAUUCGUGCUCGACCUGAAGAGCGUCGUGGGAUACAGCGCCGAUGAACUGAGACAACAGGUGGAGGAAUGCCGAACUAAACUAGGCCAUACCUUAGAGGUCCCUCCUACCGUGGUCGUUCACACGGGCGUCAUGAAGUAUAACAAGGCGUUUUGAUGCCCGGAUAUGGUAUUAGCACCACCUGAAAAAUACCCACCCCUUGUUUAUUGUGACCUUGAUUCAAUAUUUUUUAGUUCAGUACAGGUAAAAAAUGCAUUUAUACCUGGAGAAAACCCUACUCGCAUCUGACCCAGGCCGGGGAAUGAACCCAGGACGCGGGGCUCAGAGCUGUGGACAUCGACGCUGGUAAACAACAGAUCAAUCCAAUAGGGGCCGCCACAAAUAUCACUAUUUUGAUUGGCUGCGAACCGUUUCAUUCAAUGGUCACUUGUGUUUUGAAAUAUUGCCUUAGUAGUCAUUCUCUAUAGUUUAAAUUACACUUUUAAAUAAUGUGAUACUAAAUUAAUAUAUAGAUUUAUUAAAGAUUAGAUACUCUAGUUUAACUCACCUGAUGAUUGAACUACCCAAUUGUAGCCAUAGGGGUUAAAUUAGGUUAUAUAUGGUAGAUUAGAUUAGGUUAGAUUAACAUUAUUGAAUUAGGUGAGGUGUUUAAUCAUAUCCUAGCUUACUUAACUGUAUACCUUUAAUGAAAAUGUUUUAUGUAUUUUGUAAAGUAUUGAGUAUUGUAAAAUAUAUAUAUAUGUAUAUUAUA